AUGAUACAAGCGUUCCAAGAGAUCUUGUAGUGGAAAAUGGAAGCACAAGUGAUCAAGGUGUCAUCGCGAUGUCGAAUGUUCCUGUUACAUCUGAACCGGUUUACAGUGAACUCCCGGAUGUUGUUGAGUCAGCUAAUUGCGUUAAACGUUUCUUUCCUAGCACAACAUCACUCAAUACAAUMACUGAAGAAUCGUGUAUUGUAAGGAAUCCAGCUGUCUAYAACACGAUGCCUAAAGCYCGUAAAAAUACUGAUCCACUUCCGGUAAUUCCUCCACAARUCAGACCCAGGACCCCGGAACUUCGCAGCUCUUUCYUAGUCAACGCAUGCGCCGAUAACACAAAAACAGCAAAAUUUCUCGAUGACAUGAAUCGAAGAGGUUGUAUGUCUCUGAACCGCAAUGUCCAGUGUAGAGUAAAAAGAGAAAGAAGCUCAACAAAUGUGGAUAUGUUAGACGAUGUGUUCUUUGGAGAUAUUUGGUCAAAACCAGAAGACCAUGCAGAAGACGAUGGCGAUGACGAUAAUGUCGAAGAACGUGAUGAAAGGCAUCGGUCGGAGUCAUUUUACCAACAGCUUCAUUCUAACCCUGGAAGCAAGGGGUCUUUGUACGAGUCUCUGCAUGAAGCUACUAAAGAGUCUCCAAAAACGCGUUUUUCAACACUUGAAAGGAUAAAGAAUAAAUCAAACCAUGAAAACUUUGGUUUGAGCUUACAAAAUAAGUCAGAUCGAGAAUCGUCCAAUCAGGAUGACAUAUCACUAGCUGGUUCAUCAGUUUCCAUUGAUGGAGACUGGGGCGAGCUACCCGAGUACCAUACACUUGAGGGCCCCGAGGAACCCAACGAUAAUCAAGGACAAGUGAGAUUGUUUGCGGAAAGGGACAUUUUGGAACUAUCUGGAACAUUACUUUUUCUAAAGCGCUCCUUUUCUGAAGGGGACAUUAUGAAAGCCUGCAGAAAGGAGAUUUCUUUACGAGGGUCGUUUUCUGAACGAUACAUUGCGAAACCCUAAAGAGAGUCGAAAGCUUGAAGAGAAAAAAAUUCCGUGAUAAACUCCUUUUCUGAACGGAACAUUACGAAAUUCUGUAAAAAGAAACCUUCGUUUACAAGGGUCCACUUCUGAAAAGGACAUAACAAAAGUCAUCAGAAAACUGCUCAAAAGUGUUUGUAAGUCAAGAUUGAAUGACGUUUUACCUAUAUAGACAAGGAAAGACUUACAGAACACGAUGCACACAGAUGUUAUAGAUAAGCAAUGACUGUACGUAUACUGAAUAUUCUGUAUAUUUAUUCAUAAUCAAGUCGGAUGAUCUUAAAUAGAUCGUAAGAGAAAUCGAUCAGCAUGACCGCUGAAUCUACAAAAUGACAAAAGUUUGUAUAUCAUACAUAUCAUAUCCCAGAAUGCAACAGGGUCGCAUUCUUCUAACUUUGUGGAUCCGACAUCCACUGGAAAAAAACAAAGUAUGUAAAGUUACAGUUACCCUGAAUUUAGUUUACACUAUAUACUUGCAGGAAAUUUACAGAGUAUAUAUACUGAUAAGUAUCAUUCCAGUGAAAUAAAGAAAAUAUAUCGGUCGACAAUC